GUGUGCACGGUGGUGCUAUGGCCGCCGGCGCUGUGCUGCGGACUUGGGCUUCCUGACGCCGUCCGCGGGCGGAGUCGCGCCGGCCGGAGUCGACGGCAUGUAUCCGCCGCCGCCGCCGGCGCCCCACCAGGACUUCAUCUCGGUGACGCUGAGCCUGGGCGAGAGCUACGACAACAGCAAGAGCCGGCGGCGGCGCUCCUGCUGGAGGAAAUGGAAGCAGCUGUCGAGGUUACAGCGGAACGUGAUUCUUUUCCUCUUGGCCUUUCUGGUUCUUUGUGGGUUCCUGUCCUACGUACACGUGGCUGACCAGUGGAAAGCCCUGAGUAGCAGACCUGAAGAAGAGCAGAAGGUGAGACCAGAAAUCCCUGGGUUGAAACCAGCAAACCCACCCGUCUUACCAGCUCCACAGAAAGCAGACACCAAUCCAGAAGACAUUCCACAGAUGUUCCCUCAG